CGCACCAAGGGAAAAUAGGAAAGCUGUCGGGAAGGAAGGGGAAGAGCAGUGAACAAGCCGAGGAACACACCUAUUAUCUAUUCUAGGUUGGUUCUAAAAGAGUACAGAGUCAAGGGGGGCUUAGUUAUUCACUUUCCGCGUUAGUUUACCCAUGUUUGUGUAAUCUAGGUAAAGCUAUUUGGUGAAUAGGGGAAAUUCGACUUCACUACUCGGUCGUGCAGUGGGCUAAGCACGCCCAGAAUUGGAAUUGCAACGACUUGCUACCGCAGCAGUUGGAAAUCUGAGUGUUUCGAUAGGCCUCGAUCCCUGUUCAAACAACGUCUGGGGACUUGCAUGAAAACAACAAAAGAACCACCCGAAAUUGUGUGAAUGGAGCAGUGUGAGAGUGCAGCCUCUCUCCUGGCCUCCGUGCGGGAGCAGGAGCGUCAGUUUGAGCGUCUGACUCGCGCUCUGGAGGAGGAGAGGAGGUGCGGAGGCACCCUCCCACGCCCUCCCCCCAAUCUACAGAAUGGGCGUGCUUCUUGUGAUGCGGACAUAGAGAGGCUCACACUGAACGAGGGAUACGUCAACGGGACACAUUACAGGAUGGAGCCUGGUCAAGUUGUCCAGGAGACGGUUACCGUGGAGGAGGACCCUCACGAGGUGGCCCCCGUCAUCUCCGUGGAAACCAGCGAAGAUGGCACCACUCGCCGCACAGAAACUACGGUAAAGAAGGUAGUGAAGACUACCAUGACUCGUACAGUCAUCCCCUCUGUGUCUGACAACCUCUCCCUGGAUGGAGGGGGGUCUAUGACAGGUGUAGGGGGUUACACCACCCCCAUGGAGCGGGUCUACAGACAGCCAGGUCCUCCCAUGGAUUAUCCCACCAACACCGUGCCCCGAAACUACCACUACGGACCCCCGGGGGGGUACGAGGACUAUCGCCAGGGCCCUCCUCCCUCCAUAGGGGAGACAUACGCCAGCCUGAGCAGGGGAGCGCGCAUGGACGACCGCUACAGGCCAGCUGAUGGGUACCGGACCCUGGACUCAGGAUACAGAGCCAUCAGCAGGAACCAGCUGGACCCAUACGCAGCACAGCCACAGGUGGGUCGUAUGGGCAGUGCGUUGGAGCUGUCUGGGAUGCAGAGGUUUGUCCCGGAGCCGUACGGUCUGGAGGAUGACCAGAGGAGUCUGGGAUAUGACGAGGCAGACUACGGCAUGGGACCGGCCAUCCACUACGGAACAGUACCACGCAACCAACAAGCCUUCAACCACGGACCGCCCCGCAGGACAGGGAGCUAUGAAGGGACUCUGGAUGGAGACAUGAGUGGAGCAGGGGACAUGUACUACUGGGGAGGUGCACCCCUGGCCCAGGGAGAGAGGGGUAGCAUGGCUUCAUUGGACAGCACCCUGAGGAAAGGCCCCACCACUUCCUGGAGACAGCCGGAGCUGCCGGAGGUCAUCGCCAUGCUCAACUACAGACUGGACCCCGUCAAGAGCAAUGCUGCCGCAUACCUGCAGCACCUCACCUUUAAGAACGACAAGGUGAAGACAGAUGUCCGUCGUAUGAAAGGUAUCCCAUCCCUGGUGUCCAUGUUAGACAACCCUAAGAAGGAGGUCCACCACGCCGCCUGCGGAGCGCUCAAAAACAUCUCUUACGGACGAGACGCUGACAAUAAGAUCGCCAUCAAGAACUGUGAUGGAGUACCGGCCCUGGUCAGACUGCUGAGGAAGACCAGAGACCAGGACCUGACUGAUACUAUCACAGGCACGCUGUGGAACCUGUCGUCUCACGACUCAGUGAAGAUGGAGAUCGUUGACCACGCCCUACACGCCCUCUCAGACGAGGUGAUGGUAGCUCACUCGGGCUGGGAGAGAGGGAACGAGGCAGGAGGAGAGGAGAACCUCAAACCACGACACCUGGAGUGGGAGACGUCCCUCACCAACACAGCUGGCUGCCUGAGGAACGUGAGCUCAGAGCGCAGUGAGGCCAGGAGGAAGCUGAGAGAGUGCACAGGAUUGGUCGACUCGCUCAUGUACAUCGUCCAAUCACAGAUCAACCUGAAAGACGUGGACAACAAGCUGAUAGAGAACAGUAUGUGUCUGCUGAGGAAUCUGUCCUAUCAGGUUCACCGGGAGGUGCCGGGCGCUGAGCGCUACCAGGAAGCCAUGUCCCUCAACCAGGGCCCCGCCCCCUCCACUGGAAAGACCAACCGCUUCAGCUCCCGCAGGGGCAAAGAUGACUGGUGUUCUAAAGGGAGAAAUGAGGACGGAGCCGAUAUGAUUGACAUUCCAAAGAGGACUACACCUGCCAAAGGUUAUGAGUUGUUGUUCCAGCCGGAGGUGGUACGUGUCUACACCUCUCUGCUGAAGGAGAGUAAGAACCCCACCGUGCUGGAAGCCUCCGCCGGAGCCGUGCAGAACCUGUGUGCCGGACGCUGGACCUAUGGGCGGUAUAUCCGUGCGUUGUUGCGUCAGGAGAAGGGACUUCCCAUGAUGACAGAGCUGUUGGCCCAUGGGAACGACCGGGUGGUCAGGGCCAUGUCUGGAGCUCUGAGGAACCUGGCUAUCGACGCUCGCAACAGAGACCUGCUCGGUAAACAUGCAGUUCCCCACCUGGUAUCCAACCUGCCUGGUGGGGGUCAGAGCCAGCCUGUGAGGGCUCUGUCAGAGGAGACGGUGGUGUCUGUACUGAGCACCCUUCAUGAGGUACUGGGCUCCAGCCUGGACGCUGCCAAGAUCCUCAGAGCCUCGCAGGGCAUCGAGAGACUGGUGCUCAUCAAUAAGGACGGGAACCGGUCAGAGCGAGAGGUGCGUGGUGCAGGCCUGAUACUACAGUUAGUUUGGGGCUAUAAGGAGUUGAGGAAGACCCUGGAGAAGGAUGGCUGGAAGAAGACAGACUUCAUGGUGAACCUCAACCCGCCUAACAGCACCCAGCCCCGGGUCAACGGAGGAUAUGAAGACAGUACGCUGCCGCUCAUAGACAGGGGAGGAGGAGACAAGAGAGACAUGAUUCCACUAAAUGAUAUGGGACCAGAUGCCUACUCCACACUGGACCAGAGGGGGAGGAAGAACACUCUGGACGGAACACUCAAGCCUGCUGACAAAGACACAGCACAGGGAGGGCUGUAUGAGGAGAGGCGGGACUCUGUUCCUCUCAUGGACUCUUAUGACGGUUAGGCCACACCCCCUCACACACUGCAUGUGAGCGCAUGAGAAACUGAUAGUGUGCAUCACUAGAAGAGAGCAGCCUCUACCGGCCUACUGCCCCUGCUGAACCUCUGGAUACUCACUGAGGGACCACUGACUCCACUAGGACUGGACUCUCUCCUUCUGCGUCUCUUUUCUUUCUCUCUUUUUCCUGUCUUCUCUACCUCCCAAUUUCUUAAUCUUCUUUCCCUCUUAUCUCUCUCGGGUUCUGUGACAUAAGCCACUUGCAUGUCCUUCAGCCUUCCUCACCUCCCUAUCUCUCUCCCUCCCUAUCUCUCUCUCAUUCCUCUAUUUAGACUGUGACUUUUAGCCACUAAAGGAACACUAUGGACUCCUGACAUCCCUCUUCUAGCUGUCGACACUACUAUGACAUAACACCACUUCUAAUUUAGUAACUCCUCCCACCACAGUGACACACUAACCCCCAACACUACACUCGCUCCUCCCACCACAAUAGGGACAGUUGUGACUUCAUCUGGGAACAUUCACCACCACAGUAGAAAAGCUAAUCAAAAGGGAAGUGUUGGAAUUGGAUUCAAACUGUAACUGAACUUAAACUGACAAACGCCCUUUUUUACUGGAAUGGUUAAAACUGCAUUUCUAGAAGUAAUUGUGAAGAUUUCCAGUCAACGUUUUUUUUAUUGUGAUAACUAAUUACCACUAAACUUCUGUUUCCCAACAAAGAAUCAAUGUUUGUUGAUCUACCGCCGGCGUUGCUUUUGUCUGUUUGAAGUGUGAUUGCUGAGUUGUGGUUCUGACUACAGUGAUGGACACGUGCCAAACUACACACCACUAUUGCACUGACUUUCUACUACAGAGUAUUUCUGAACACUACUUCUCCUCUCAGAGCCACAUCUGUUGUGAUGUUAUAGUGUAUAUGACAUCAUUGGGUGAUGUCAGACGGGCAGUGUUGUGGCAAAGGAUUGUGGGAAAGUAAGUAGCUUGAUGACCACUUUAACAUUUUACACAUGGGUCUUGCGUCACAGAACAUUCUUGAUAGUCUGUUCUGCAGAGUAUAUUUCUAUGAUUUUCAGCCGUGUAUAAUAGACCAGUGAACCGUUUUGGCUCUAUUCAAUACAUUUCUAUCUGUGGGGCUCUUUAGCAUCAUUGUUAUACCCCCUUUCUCAACUCCCUCUGGUUCUAAUGGUUCUCCUGAAGCUAUGGGAGAAACCACAGAUUUGAUUGUUGAUCCAGUGAGUGCAUUUCUUUCAAUCUGCAAGUCUAUAUAUAUGAAUGUGUAAAUAUGUGAUCGCCUUCAACUACGUCUGUGUGGCUAUUGGCUAACUGGAGUGCCUCGUUCGUUGAUUGGUCUAAUGGGGGUGGGGGUUUGCCCUGGGGAUAUCAUUCACUAGCAGCUACAUUCCAGAACAUUGCAUCCAAAUGGAAUGUAUAGAACAGUUUUUUUUGUGUGUUCCGCAUAAUAACACAAUGGAAUGUAUAGAGUUGAUAUGAUUGAUGCUCUGCAUAUGGAACAGAGAGAACCAUUCUAGUGCCAUACAUUCCACGUCAGACUGGAGUGUUCCAGCCUACUGAACCUACGCCUGGGUGUCCAUCUACCCUGCUGGACUGGCUGGUGUCCAUGGAGACCUCAGAAAACUAAGAGGGGAGAGGACACAUUUAGCUGGUGGUUUUCCCCCAGACAGAGUUCCUUUAGUACCGUAGACGGCAUUAUUAUUCUCAGUGCAGAGUAAGAUGUAGAUAUUUUCUCAGUAGAUUAAAGCACUAGGGGUAAAAGCGUUUCUUGGUUCCUUUGAUUAUUUUCAUGCAAAUCCAACACUACAAAUGGUCAGUCUCAGAAAAAUGUAAAUGAGUUGCCUUGUAACCAGAUAUAGUCCUAGAAUGAGAUGAUCUAGAACUGAUACAGGAAAUGAUGUGGGAGUGGAAUCCAAUGGGAAAGUGGGACUAAAGAGGGGCGGAGCAUAAAAUUUGCAAGAUUGUUAUGAGUGCAAAGACCAGUUUUUGAUUCUAGUUGCUAUUUUAAAAAAAAAAGCAAAUUUAACUAUAUAUACACAAGAUAAAUAUUUGUUAAUUUGAAUGGUUUUAUGUAUUUUUCUUUAAAAAAAAAAUAUUUUAUGAUUUGGGUUUAUUCGUCUUGCAGGUAAUUGUGGGUGAACGCAUAUGCAAUCGGGUUUAUUUUUUAAUUGAGAAACAUUUAUGGUUUAUAUAUUUUAAUUAAAGAUAAAACAAGAAAAACACAAUGUAAAAUCAAUUUUGCAUUCCAAAUGGUCCCCUAUUCCCAAUAUAGUACACUACUAAAUGGCCUGAUAUGGCUCUGGGUGAAAGUAGUUAACUAUAUAGGGGGCCUUUUAGGAGACAGUCCAACUCUCAAUUUCUGUCAUCAGUUUAUUAUUGGAACGCUGAUCUAAAAUGUGAUUCUGAAUGAAAACCUUAAUCUCUUCUAUGCCUUGGCUUUUAAUGUUGCACAUUUCUCUCAUGAAUGGAAUAUGUAACAAGCAAUACUGUUUAUAAUAAAAAAAAAAGGUGCAUUUUUCAA